GACGCUGAGGGCGGAGCUUGGGAGCCCGGAACUCGGAGCUGGAGGUGGUUCUGCAUUUGGAGCUGGACAGGGAGUCAGGGCUUGAGCUGGAAGGGUAUUGGAAAGUAUCAUUCCCCCCCAGGAGAUUUUUGAAGAAUGUAUUCACCGCAGCGGAGAGACUUUAUAUCAGUGACACUGGGUAAUCAGGCUGGAACGACCUAUGACAACAGUAAGACCUGGAGGAGACAAUCCUGCUGGAGGAAAUGGAAACAGCUAUCAAGAUUGCAGCGGAGCCUAAUUGCAUUCCUGUUUGUCUUCAUGCUUGUUUGUGGUAUUGCAGCAUACCCUAACCUGUCUGAACGAUGGCAAGUUGAGAGUUACGAUGGAGAGUUGAAGCAAGCUGAGCCAGCAGUUGGCCCAAGAGUGGCUGUGCUAUUACCCAAGACACCGUCUAUCACACAACCGCAGAAACCUCGAAGACCAAAUCUGAAUAAGAGAGGACCACCAUUUUUACAGAAGAGAUUAUCAAAGAAAGAAAAUGCAAAGGAACCCAAAAUUAAGGAAGAAAAUGAAGCUGAAGUCAAACCCAAUGACCAGGAGGAGGAGAAAGAUAAUACAAUCAGCUGGCGUGGAAUGAAGAUUGAACCUGAACAAGUUAAUCCAGCUUUACCUGACACGAAAAAAGGGGAGCCUGUCCCUAAUGAAACCAUCAAAGAACCAGAAGCUCUGAAUGAACGGCAGAUGGCAGUGAUAGAAGCAUUCCAACAUGCAUGGAAGGGAUACAAGCAGUAUGCCUGGGGCCAUGAUGAACUGAAGCCCAUUUCUAAGACUUACAGCGAAUGGUUUGGCUUAGGACUGACUUUGGUUGAUGCCUUGGACACAAUGUGGAUUUUGGGACAGCAAGAAGAAUUUGAAGAAGCCAAGAAAUGGGUAGUUACUGAUCUGAAUCUUGGUAAAAAUGUGGAUGUGAAUUUGUUCGAAACCACAAUUCGUAUUCUAGGUGGAUUACUUAGCGUAUACAAUUUAACUGGAGACCAAGUCUUUCUUGAUAAAGCAAAUGAGUUGGGGAAUCGCCUUAUGCCAGCUUUUGAUACUCCAUCCAGAAUUCCAUAUUCUGACGUAAACAUUGGUCGUGGAACAGCCCAUCCUCCACGUUGGACCUCAGACAGCACAGUUGCAGAAGUGACCAGCAUUCAGCUGGAGUUUCGAGAGCUCAGCCGAUUGACUAAAGAAGACAAAUAUCAGGCAGCAGUAAAUGAAGUAAUGAAACAUAUUCACAAACUUGGAGGGAAAAUGGAUGGAUUAGUUCCAAUGUUCAUAAACACUAACUCUGGCCAGUUUAGUCACCUUGGAGUCUAUACACUUGGUGCCAGGGCUGACAGCUACUAUGAGUAUCUACUAAAACAGUGGAUUCAGGGAGGAAGGAAAGAAUCAGACUUAUUAGAUGACUACCUGCAAGCUAUAGAGGGUAUCAAGAAGAACUUGAUUCGGAAGUCAGAACCAAGAAAACUGACAUUUGUAGGUGAAUUGUCCCACAAUCAAUUCAGUCCUAAGAUGGAUCAUUUGGUGUGUUUCCUCCCUGGGACCCUAGCUUUAGGAGCUCACUAUGGACUGAAUGCAGAUCACAUGGAACUGGCAAAAGAACUGAUGGAAACCUGUUAUCAAAUGUAUGCACAAAUAGAAACUGGACUAAGCCCGGAAAUUGUACACUUCAAUCUGAGUCCACACAAUACCCAAGAUGUAGAAGUUAAGCCUGCAGACAGACACAACCUUCUAAGACCUGAGACAGUAGAAAGCCUUUUCUAUAUGUAUAGAUUUACACGUGAUAAAAAAUACCAGGAUUGGGGCUGGCAAAUUCUCCAAAACUUUAACAAGUAUACUCGGGUUGACACUGGUGGAUACACUUCUAUUAAUAAUGUGAGGAAAUCUGAGAACCCUGAACCCAGGGAUAAAAUGGAGAGCUUCUUCCUUGGAGAGACACUGAAAUAUUUAUUCCUUCUAUUUUCUAAUGAUUUCAACUUAAUCAGCCUGGACAAAUAUAUUUUUAAUACUGAAGCACAUAUCCUUCCAAUAUGGACAACCUGAUGAAUGUUGAAAUGCUUUGAAUGUUGGCCUAAUGUUUGGCACAUCUUAGUUGUGGGAUCUGAUGUCAGCAGGAGAUAACCACUGUGUGGAAGUUUUGUUCUACUUUGUAUUGAUCACUGUGAAAGUACAUACCUACACAGAUGUGUUCUUAAAAAAAAAAUGUGAACAUACAAACUAUAAACCAGGGAACAAAUAUGUACAUGAACUGUUGCACUCAAAUGGCCUGUUUUACAUUACAAAACAUGCAUACCAAACGUUGCCUCAUCUCCAUUCAUUCGCUGAUACCCAGUUCAGUCUAACAGAUUAGUAUAUAAUGGUCAAUACACUACGCCAGUCUUUGCAGAAGAAAAUUACAUUUGUGUAGCUUGUCUUCUACAGAAUGAAUGGGUCAUGAGAUUUGAUGUCAAUUCAGAUUUAAAAUUUUAAUAUAAUCCUUUUCAAAUAUAAAAACUCUAGUCUGAAUUCUGAUAAAUAUCAACUGUGGCAAUUAAUAUUUUCCUUGGUUAUUACAGACCAAUCAAAAUUGAUUCUCAGUUCUUUGAUCUAUAACUGCUUUAAAAAUUUACAUUAACGAUACAUGGUGGCAUCAACUAUAUUUAUAAUGUAUGCAAGUGUUGAACAUCUUAAUCGAGUUGAAAAUGUGGGUUCAUAAAGGAUAGGAUAAUCCAUUAAUCUAAAUUUCUGUUUAUUUGGUGGUUAAGCUAUAUUUCAAAUCUAGGUUUUAUUUAAAUUCCUGUAUAUCUUCUAACUCCAACCCCAUCCACUUUUUUCUACCAUGCUUCAGGCUAGAGCUUUAUUUGAAAUAUAGGGAACAAAUGUCAUCUAGCAGUGUCUUCACAUAGAUGCUAUUGCCUGAUGAAAUAAGUUUCUUUAUCUCUUAGGAACUUCAAAUGAAAUGUUUGGCUGCUUUUAUUGCUUUAACAAUGAAGUUCAUCUGUGGCUGGUUGAAGGAGUAAAAUGCAACAUGAGUAUUUUAAAUUUAAUAUAAACAUGGUUAUAAUUUAGGAUAUGAGCCAUAAUAUGUAAGUUGUGCAAGUUAUCUGAGAUCAGUAAUCUGAUUAAAUUUUCAAAAUUGUUGUAAAGCUUGAUUGGUCUUUGAGAGACAGUGAACUAAUACCUGUUUGGACCCUUAGAUUUUAUGGAACCAGCAGCACAUGACGAUCUGCUCCAUUUUGUUAAUGCAAGGUUGCUUUUCUGUAGAGAAACCCCUUUUUCUAACUUCAAAAUGAAAUUAAGCAGUAUUGUAAAGGUUACAAGCAGUGCUGCUUCUGAUUUUUGUGCCACUGGCCGUAAUUUUAAAUGGCUGCCUUAAAUGUGCACAGUUUAUUUUAGUAGUUAUCUGGGUGGGGUCUUAUAGCUCCAUGACUAAAAGGGAAAUGAAACAGAUAAGGAUGAGUACUUUGAAAUGAAGAUAAAUCCAAUGAAAUGGAUGGUGGGCAUUCACAAUGGUGAUCCAAUCCAUUUAAGAAAGGGGAUGCAGAUAUUUUAUGUACUUCCUUGUGAAUAUUAUUCUAAAUGCUGAAAUAUGUAACUACAAAAACUUUAACAUGUAUAUGAUUAAUUUAAGUGUGUGGUUAAACGUAUGAUACAGGAAACCAUUUAGAACAUCAUGCCUGUGCUGGCUCUUUGAUACAGCUGUCCAUUAAUACAUAUCCCUUCUGUACAGUUAUUUACUUUAGCUUUGAUCAUUAAAUAACUCAAUUGUUUUAAAUUUAUAUAUAGUUUUUAAUCUAGGUCCUUAUCCAUCAUUCCUUGAACUGAAUGUACUGUUAAAAUUUUGGACAGGGUUUUAGAUGUAAUUUUGUUUCCCUUCUAGACAACAUUGUAAAUAAAGUUAA